AUGCCUAUCGAUCAAAUUCAGUAUUCGGAAAGAUAUAGCGAUGACGUCUAUGAAUAUAGACAUGUUAUCCUACCAGCUGAUAUUGCUCGUCUAGUCCCAAAAUCUCACUUAAUGACAGAGACAGAAUGGAGGAACCUAGGAGUACAGCAAAGUCCUGGAUGGCUCCACUUUAUGGUUCACAACCCUGAGCCGCACGUUCUGCUAUUUCGUCGACCUCGAUCAGAUUAUCCUGCCCCCGUAAACAGUUUAGAUACAAACACAAAUUCAGCGGUAAAAGUUUGA